AUGGUGUCCCGGGCCCUUCUUGUUGCUCUCCUGCUGCCAGUCUGCUCUGCUAUCACUUGGGUGAAGAGUGCUGCUGGGGCAAGCUGCGACCAGGCUUGUGCCGCCCGCUCUGGGUGCAACGACGACGCGUGGCCGUCUUCCGAGGAGGAAUUCCAUGACGCAGCGAAGCUUGCAGGUCAAGUCUGCGAGGGCACGCAGACUGGCGGGGCCAAGUAUGAUCCCAGCACGGAUGGCCGAUACUGCGGUUGGCAAGGGCCAGAACACAUGAACGGAGAGAGCAGGUGUUCCCAAUCCGGUGACUCCGGCACAUACCGCUUCUGUCCGUGCAACGCAGAUAAGGAGCUGUAG